GAAAACAUCUGUUCCCAUAAAUAUUUUGCAUUUCCAGUAGUGUCUACAGUUUAAGUGUUGAAUGCAAAUCAACAGCUGGUCAAACUUUGCAUUAGUCAUCAGAAAAAGUGGAAACAAUGAACCAUCAAGUCUGCAGUUGUAAAUGUUAAUAAACUCAUAAAAAAAGGCUCACAGCUCUCUCACUUUAAGUCAUAUUGAAUUAUAAAUGCUACUAAAUUAUUAGGUCGAUAAAGUGAUGUUACACAAUCAUUCAAGUCAGCAGUUGUAAAUGUUAAUAAAUGGACUGUGGUCAAAAUGUCCUGCUGCUCUCUUCCAAAAGGUUUGUAAGUCUUAUUGAUGAAGGGAUAAAAUGACAAACCAAGUGUCAUACUGCAGAGGGACUUUCAACAACCUGACAGCCCUAAAGGUGUCCUUAAUGAUUAGCUAGCAUAUUGAUCUUUAAAGCAUUAGUAAAUAAUGUAUUAACCAACAAAGAAGCCAUCGGUUACAGUUAAUACAGUGCGUAUUACCAGAAAGUGGUCCAGAUAUGUUUGUGAAUGUGAACAUGUGUGCGAAAAAAUCCACAAAGUGCUUCUGUUGUUCCAGUUUUGAGGACUUUCUGGUGUUCCACAGGCAACAACAAGCCGAGCCCAGAUUAAAGUGCGGCUCCAGAUGAAGCAGCUGGAUCGGCUGCGUUCAUUCAUUACCGGACGAGUGUGGUGCGGCUGAUUAGACUGAUGAAUCAAUAACUGCAAUCAGCACGGUAAUGAUAAACAUAUAAAGAAAAGCGAUUCCAAUGAACAAGUCGAAAUUACCCGAGGGAUGAUCCGAGAUAAUCACUGAACGGUGAACAGUACAUAAACGUAGAGAAUGAGGCGUGUGAUUCAACCGUGUGUGCGUGUGUGUGUGUGUGUGUGUGUGACAUGCAAUUUCCACUGCAGAACUUUAAAGACUGCUUGAAUAUUCACACAAGCACAAAGACAGCAGCCAGAAGCGGCGGUAGUGCACCUAAAGAUGCGCUAGUGGGCGCCUUAAGAAUGAAAUCCAAUACUGUUGUACAGUGGAUUUUUGGUUCACACUGCACUCAGAGGACCCGAACCUGGAAAUGAGCCCUUCCUGCACGGUUUGGUUAAUUUAGAGAAUCGUCAAACCUCCAUUAACAGUCCUUCGUUGCACAUAAAAGAUAACACACAACAACCAUACACUGACACGCAGGGAUGAUUUCAGGGCAGCGAGACAUAAACACACUUUAUAAACCGCCCCGGUGAGGCGGAGAGGCGUCAGUGCGUUCCUGUAAAUAAUUUCAGUGUAUAGUAAUUCAUGCUAAAUGCAGAUAUCAGGAGCAGUGAGAGCCAAAAUCCUGGAGAGAGUUACAGUUCCACACCUCAAUCUCUGCAACAUCAUUUACCCCCCCAGAGAAUCAAUAAAGUAUUCCUGAUUCUGAUCUCUGGUGACAAAAAAGGGGCAGCUCUGUCACAUUCCCGUGCUUCUUCAUCCUCGGCCUGCAUGUGACAAAACUCUUGGAAUUACCUGUCAGCUGCUUUAAACCGCUUUUUACACCAAUUCACCUUUUUAUAACAACACAGAGGCAGACUUUAAAACUGGGAAGCAUCCAUCAUUUAUUUUGUGUGUAAUUCCAAUGAACGAAUCAUCAGCUUCGACCUCGAGGUUAACUUAUUGAUCUGAUUUUAAAAUACAGCUGAUUUCAAUGUAAAUUGUCAAGCAUCGAUUUUUACGCAGUCAGUUCCUGUCCCUAUUUAUUGUUUUGUUCUUGUUGUUCUCGUUGUUGUUGUGGAAUGCGUUACCAGCAGUGUCAGACAAAGCUCGCCUUUGCAAGGGAUCUAAUUUGUGGCGCUUAAUAAAAAAAGGAAAAAAAAAAAAAAAAAAGGGAAGAGGGGACACAUCAUUUCCAAUCUUGCGCGGUGGGCGGGAAGAUUUGUGCAGUCAGUCAGACAGAAGGAGCACAGGAGAGGAAGAAAAGUAGGAAAUCUCUGCAACCCCUGGAGUCUCAUUCAGCACCACUCGCUACUGGACAGCGGCUGAGCAGCGGAGUUGAUCGACAAACAGGAGAUCUUGUUUCAAACCUGGAGUCUGGGACUAACACCGCAUCUGCACAGGGCGCUUUAUCCACCCCUCCACAACUAACAACACUUCCCAAUUCACACUGGCAUUUUGACUCCCCACAUCUGUCUUCUUUUUCUUUUCAUUUAAAAAAAAUUUAAAUCAUUUGUAUCCGUGUGGCGGGUUUGGCGAGCGGCGUCCAAACAGGAGGCGAGUGCUGACUGGAGCUGGCUCUGCCAAACAAAGACGCAGGAAGAAAAAGAAGGAAAAAACACACACUGGACGGCAUCAGAGAUCGCAGAAGUUCAUUUUCUCCACUUUUAGGCUCACUUACAUCUGGAGGAUUUAAAGGAGCCUGCUGUAGAACCCACUGGGUCCUCUUGUGGCUUCCUGCCUGCUUGAAGGACCAAGAGGAGAGCUAAAUGCACCCAAGUGAUUCUGGAGAAGCAGAGAAGAGAGGCUAACUUCACACCUUCGUUCUUGCCUUAUGAGAACGCUCACUGUGGACUCUCGUCUCAACUCACCCUGUACUGUUUAGUUACUGCCUGUAGCCAGCACUCUCAGGUGCAGAAAAAGAGUGAAACACAAAGGGGAAAGAAGAAAGAGUAAGCGAUAAAGAGAGAGAGAGGCUGCAUAAUUAGUAAUAACAAGUUUGUGUCAGAGCUAGAAACCAUAAGAGGCUUCUGAAGACAAGCGUUCUCUGAAAAAUACUGCGGCUUACCUUCAGGACAUUUGUAUGUGUGUGUGGGUAUAUGUGUGCACACCUCUUUCAUUUUCAAAGGACUUGAAUUUGUAUUUGGAUGCGGAUUUAGCCUUUCAUUAUGACUCUGCGAGGAGGCUUUGAGAAAGCGUGGAUUGGCUGCCACAGAAAUGUCUGCUGCUGGGUGUUGCUGCUGGCUUGUUAUUUCUUGAUCGCCUUGGCAGCCAAACCCAAAAUGCCAGGCCACACACACCUCAAUUCAAUACGCAUUGAUGGCGACAUUUCCCUGGGUGGACUGUUCCCAGUGCAUGCAAGGGGAAACGAUGGCAAAGCUUGUGGAGAGCUCAAGAAGGAGAAAGGAAUCCAUAGGUUGGAGGCCAUGUUAUUUGCCCUGGAUCGUAUUAAUAAUGACAAUGAGCUGCUGCCUAAUAUCACUCUGGGGGCACGUAUCCUGGACACCUGCUCCCGGGACACCCAUGCUCUGGAACAGUCGCUGACAUUUGUUCAGGCACUGAUUGAGAAAGAUUCAACUGAUGUCAAGUGUCUCAGCGGAGGGCCGCCCAUCAUCACUAAGCCUGAGAGAGUGGUGGGAGUGAUUGGUGCAUCUGCCAGCUCCGUGUCAAUCAUGGUAGCCAACAUAUUGCGUCUCUUCAAGAUCCCUCAGGUGAGCUAUGCCUCCACGGCACCGGAGCUGAGUGAUAACACCCGCUACGAUUUCUUCUCCCGGGUGGUGCCUCCGGACACCUACCAGGCCCAGGCCAUGGUGGACAUCGUCAAAGCCAUGCGCUGGAAUUACGUCUCCACGGUAGCCUCUGAGGGAAACUACGGAGAAAGUGGGGUUGAUGCGUUCAUUCAAAAGUCUCGAGAGGACGGUGGUCUGUGCAUCUCCCAGUCUGUGAAAAUACCACGUGAACCAAGAUCUGGAGAGUUUGACAAGAUCAUUCGUAGGCUGAGUGAGAACCCGAAUGCCCGAGUAGUCAUUAUAUUUGCCAAUGAGGAUGAUAUCAGGCGACUCCUUCAGGCAGCUAAGAAGGCUAAUCAAACAGGCCAUUUUAUCUGGGUAGGUUCAGACAGCUGGGGCUCCAAAAUCUCCCCAAUACUGAACCAGGAAGAAAUGGCAGAAGGUGCUGUCACCAUCCUGCCCAAACGACAGUCCAUCAAAGGUUUUGAUCGCUACUUUAUCAGCCGAACACUAGAGAACAACAGAAGGAAUAUCUGGUUUGCAGAGUUCUGGGAGAAUAAUUUCCAAUGCAAGCUCAGUCGGCAUGCGGUGAAGAAAGGAUCUGGCAUCAAAAAAUGCACAAACCACGAGCGGAUUGGGAAAGAUUCAUCCUACGAACAAGAGGGGAAGGUUCAGUUUGUGAUUGACGCAGUGUACGCCACGGCUCAUGCCCUACAUAACAUGCACAAAGAUCUUUGUCCUGGAAAAGUCGGCCUCUGCUCCAAGAUGGAAACCAUCAACGGCACACUGCUGCUAAAAUACAUCCGCAAUGUCAACUUCACAGGAAUUGCUGGCACCCCAGUGGUCUUCAACGUGAAUGGAGAUGCUCCUGGUCGCUAUGAAAUCUACCAAUACCAGAUCACAAAUAACACCACAGAAUACAAGAUCAUUGGUCACUGGACAGAUCAGCUCCACUUAGAUACCAAUGAGAUGCAGUGGCCUGGUGCAACACAAGAAGUCCCCUCCUCUAUAUGCAGCCAACCCUGCCGUCCGGGGCAGCGCAAGAAGACAGUGAAGGGAAUUCCAUGUUGCUGGCACUGCGAGAACUGUGAUGGUUACCAGUAUCAGGCAGACACUUACACCUGUAAGAUGUGUCGCUUUGAUUUGAGGCCUAAUGAGAACCACACUGGCUGUGAUCCCAUUCCCAUUGUCAAACUGGAGUGGAGCUCCCCGUGGGCAGUCAUCCCUGUCCUCAUCGCUGUCCUGGGCAUCAUGGCCACUCUGUUUGUGGUUGUCACCUUUGUACGCUACAAUGACACACCCAUCGUUAAGGCAUCAGGUCGAGAACUGAGCUAUGUGCUGCUGACAGGGAUCUUUCUGUGCUAUGCUACAACAUUCCUCAUGAUCUCUACUCCUGAUGUGUUUAUAUGCUCCCUGCGAAGGAUUUUCCUGGGCCUGGGUAUGAGCAUAAGCUAUGCAGCACUGCUUACCAAGACAAAUCGGAUCUACAGGAUUUUUGAGCAGGGCAAGAUGUCGGUCAGUGCCCCUCGAUUCAUCUCCCCAGCCUCACAGUUAGUCAUCACAUUCAGCCUGAUAUCAGUGCAGCUCCUUGGAGUGUGCAUCUGGUUUGGUGUUGACCCAUCACAAGCAAUCAUCGACUACGAGGACCAGCGUACAGCCAAUCCUAAAAUGGCCCGGGGUGUUCUGAAAUGUGAUAUAUCAGACCUGUCCCUCAUCUGUCUGCUGGGUUAUAGCAUGCUGUUGAUGGUCACCUGCACAGUUUACGCCAUCAAGACCAGAGGGGUUCCCGAGACUUUCAACGAGGCCAAGCCCAUCGGCUUCACCAUGUACACCACCUGCAUCGUAUGGCUUGCCUUUAUCCCCAUCUUCUUUGGGACCUCACAAUCAGCAGAAAAGAUGUAUAUCCAGACCACAACCCUGACCAUCUCUGUAAGCCUCAGUGCGUCAGUCUCCUUGGGAAUGCUCUACAUGCCUAAGGUCUACGUGGUUCUCUUCCAUCCAGAGCAGAACGUACCUAAGCGGAAGCGCAGCUUGAAGGCUGUGGUCACUGCAGCCACCAUGUCCAACAAGUUCAACCCUAAAGGCGGCCUGAGGCCCAAUGGAGAGGCCAAGUCUGAACUCUGUGAAAGUCUUGAAACACAAGUGUUGGCCUCCAAGCAGACAUACAUAAGCUACAGUAACCAUGCCAUCUAAACCAGAGACGAACCUUGGAAGCGAAGCAAGAGCCUGCCUGAGAAGAAAUCACCUGAUUCUGGGGAACACUAGGGAAAUACUGGAGGACUUCCAAGCUGCUAUAGAAGAGAGGACUGGGGUGGAAAGAUGGGAAUUUGUCACUCCAUAAACAGAAAGGAUGUCAUAUUUUUCUAGAGAAUCAGGUAAAGGCUUGAAUGCCAAAUUUAUGAGAAAUUAGUAGAUUUGUAGGAAGGAAAUGGGAGAUGUAAGGUAAUUUUCCUCUUCCCACCCUUUCUGAGACACAAGUGAGCGUUGAAUAGUGACGUUUCCAAUAUGCAGGCUGAGUGAACCACCUGAAACCUACAGUAUGUUUUCCUUCUGAAGUGUAUAGCACACAAUUUCAGUUCUCUCUGAGGCUGAGCCGUUUGUCUCAUUUCAGCAAAAACAGGGGGAAAAAGUGUUCCGUUUUUGUUAAGUCAAAUGCAGUUCACAAGAUGAAACAGUAUAAAAAUAUAGUCAUUAUUUUUGGUUACUGGUAUUAUUGAGGUUGAAAGCUGCAGUACUCUUCAAACUGUACAUGCCUUACUACAGUACAUUCAGUAUUCCUACAUGAACUAACCAUAUCUGAAACACCGGAAGAUAAAGCAGUGGGUCAUCCUAGUUUUUUUUAUAAAUGUUUCAUAAUAAUGAUGAUGAUGCCAUCAUCAUGGCAAACCUAGUGUACAGUCCCAGAGCAUGCUUGUGGGAGCAUCACGUGUACUGUGCUGUGUUGUCAACGUCUAUGGAAUGCAACAUUUGUCAUGGUUGUCAUUCACAGUGGAGAUGUCAUUUUGGACCAUUACCCACUGGAUUACCCUCUGCUGAAUAAAGAGUAAUUUCAAACACAAAAGGAGCAAAACUAAAAACAAAUUGCCAUGGAAAACCUUUAUAGUUUACACCAAACUCCAUAAAUGUCAGUCAGGACUUAGAGACUUGUCGACAUGCCGGAUUUAUUGGCCCUUACUUAUCAUGCGCUUGUUAAAGCCGCCGCAAAUUCAAGCAGUUGGAGGAUUGUGAGAAGUUUCCCCAUUUUAAACUUCCAUUUCUUAACAAAAUAAUAACACAUUUGCAUUUGGCAUUCCCUCCAAAAACUACACUAUACAAUUGUAUUUCCAUAUUACCCUGUGUUUUCUAUAUUUGUAGAGUUCUAUGUUUUAAGAUAUAUAAUUUAAAAAUAAAUUCCUAAUAAAUAUAGCAGUGGUACUAGAAGUAUAUUCUGUUUUUUUAAGGAAUAAAACAACACAACAGUCUGUUGUCAUGCCAGAUACAUUGUUUUUAAAGCUUCACAGUAUUACAUGGGUGUUUGUGGUAGAUGUACAGGUAAUCUGUGUUUCUUGCAAAGGAUUCUUCCUCUUCUGGGUCAUGAAUUUUGAGGCUACACUGGAAAUGAUUAAUGAGUGGUUUAAAAAAAUGUUAGGUUCCAAAUUAGGCUCAUGUAGCUACUCAGCAUGUAUACCCAUUUGGAGAAAGUGUAAGCUCAGUUCCAUCAACAACCAAAAUGUUGAAAGAUAAUUAGGUAAAUGACAUGCAUAGUGUUUUACCUUUCAACAGGCUCAAUACGACCUUUAUAGGGCUAACCCUAUAGCCUAUGUUAUGUUCCUUGGGAAUAGUAUUUUAAAAGGUCAGAUUUUCACAAAUAAAUACAUGCAAUAGUCACUUAAUUUUGCCAGGGGCAGACUUUGUUACAGUAAACCUGCAUCAAGUGACAGGUUCGGUCAUAAUGUGGACCCCACUGAGAAUUAACACUAAAAUCUGCAGCUCUAUGCAGCGUUUAGCUUCAUUUAGCACAUUGUUUGGGUUUUUGGCCAGUCUUAAGGCUUCCACCAACCACUGAUAUAAAAGUAUAGGUGUUCAUUUACCCAGAAUCAUACAGCAAAGAAAUGAAGUAAACCAGUGAAUGAAAAUGAAAGUUCAGUAUCUAGCGACCCUUAGAACACAGCUAAAAGACCAGUGAUUAUUAGACUUAGUUGAAGUCUAGUUUUACCGUCAAAUGCUCUGUGUAUAAGGAUGAGCAAGAAGGCAGCUGUUGACUGCUAAUUGAUUUUCACAGUAAAAUAUAACCUCUCAUUUUUAGAUAAAAACGGGGAUGUAUAGGUGCUUGAUAACUAAGGGCCAGUGCCUUCAUUCUGUGCCUCAUACACAUUAAACUACUCCUGCCAUUCUUUCCAUGGAUCCUUCAUGGUGUUGUUUAUGUUGCAUCCAUUCUGUUCAAACACAAGGAAGAGAGGAUUCAGUGUACAAUUUAUAAUUAAGUGUGAAUACAUUUCUGUCUGCAGUCUCUGAAGUAUUUGUCAUAAACAGUAACUCUGGAAUUUGUCUCAUUAAAUGUUAUCCUCAACAAUGCAAAAAUAUGUAUGUUGCAUGUCAAAACUCAUAACAAAUCAUGUGAACAAUUUGAGAGAAAUGUAUAAUGUCCAGAAGGAAAACUACUGCAGAGGAUUAUAAAUAACUAAUAUUUUGGUUUAAUCAAUGAUUCUCUCAGCUCUCAGCUUCAACAAAAGUCUAGGGUGUUGCCGCAAAUGUUUUUUUUCUCAUCAUUUGAUAAAGUAUUGUUUGUGGGAUUGUUUGUGUUUGUGAAUAUGAUAAUUUAAUGCUUUUUUGCCACAACCCCCCACCCCCUUUAUUUUUCUAAAACACUUUGUCUGUGUUACAAAAUAGAAUAUGUAAGUGCUGACUGAAAUUAAAUGGCAAGUUAAUGUACGUUAUUAAAAUGGAUUGAUCAUGUCUGCUUUAUGUACUGAAUUAUUUAAAAAAAGAAAGAUAAAAAAGAAUUACAGUGCCUGGAUAUUUAUGAAUUAUCUAUAGGAAAAAAAAAUGUGUAGAGCAUGUUCAUUUUUAUACAAGAUAUUUCUAAUAAAAGACUGUUUUGCUAAUAAA